GAGAAAUUGAUUUUGCAUCGUGCACAUCAUUCACGAUGCCUCCCUCAGCGUCAAAGCAGAAGAGGCUCGCAGAAAAGGCCGCAAAGCAAUCUGCAAAGCAAAAUGGCACAACUUCGACGUCUACACCCAAUGACUCUGUACCAGGCAGCAUGUCCCAUACCCCACUCACCAGUAUUUCUGCCGCCAACAGCACGGAUGAUCUGACAUCUAUGGCCAAGCUCCAGAUCGCCACCGAUAGGAGUGCAGCGGGAGUCCUUGUGUCAGAUGCGAAAGGCAGAGAUAUUAAAAUCGAUUCCUAUACGUUAUCAUUCCAUGGUCGUCUGCUCAUCGAGGGUGCAGAAAUUUCCCUCAACUACGGACAGCGCUAUGGUCUAUUGGGUGAGAAUGGGUCUGGAAAAUCUACCUUCCUCCAAUCCAUCGCAGAGCGCGACAUCGAAAUUCCACCACACAUUGACAUCUACCUCGUCCGUGGCGAGGCAGAGCCGUCCGAUGUCAAUGCCGUUGAAUUUAUCGUGGCUUCCGCUCGCGAGAAGGUCGCUAAACUCGAAAAGCGCAUCGAAGAUCUCAGCAUCGCAGAUGAUGUUGAUGAUGCUGCACUGGAAGCCGCGUACGAGGAACUCGAGGAGAUGGAUCCAAAUACAUUUGAGACCAAGGCUGGCAGUAUCCUCCAUGGUCUCGGCUUCAGCCAGGCUAUGAUGGCCCGUCCUACAAAAGAUAUGAGUGGUGGUUGGCGUAUGCGCGUUGCCCUUGCGCGUGCACUCUUUGUUAAGCCACAUCUACUCCUCCUUGAUGAGCCGACGAAUCAUUUGGAUCUCGGCGCUGUCGUUUGGCUUGAAGCAUAUUUAUCAACAUACAACCAUAUUCUCGUUAUCACCUCGCAUUCGCAAGACUUCAUGGACUCGGUCUGUACUAACGUCAUGGAUUUGACGAUGAAGAAGAAGCUCGUCUACUACACCGGUAACUACACCACCUACGUGCGCACUAAACAGGAGAACGAGGUGAAUCAGAUGAAGGCAUACCACAAGCAGCAAGAAGAAAUAGCCCACAUCAAAAAAUUCAUCGCUUCCGCUGGUACAUAUGCCAACCUCGUCAAGCAGGCCAAGUCGAAACAAAAAAUCAUCGACAAGAUGGAGGCAGCAGGACUCAUUGAAAAAAUCGAGACACCUCGGCCACUGCACUUCCACUUCGAGGAUAUUCGAAAACUCCCUCCUCCCAUCAUUGCAUUCGACGAAGUCGCCUUCUCAUACUCGGGCAAGCCUGAAGAUUAUUUGUACAAAAAAUUGUCAUUCGGUAUAGAUAUGGAUUCUCGUGUAGCCAUCCUCGGUGCAAACGGUGCUGGAAAAUCGACACUUCUCAACCUCAUCACUGGUGUCCUACAACCCUCUCAAGGCACUGUUUCCAAGCAUGCUGCGCUCAAACUUGCCAAGUACAGCCAACACAGCGCGGACCAGCUACCAUACAACAAAAGUCCGAUCGAGUACUUCCAAACGCUCUUCUCUCAAAAAUACCCCGAGAAGGACUUUAUGGCGUGGAGGCAGCAGCUCGGCCGUUUCGGCCUGAGCGGUGCGCACCAAACGAGCGUCAUCAGCAAUUUGUCGGACGGGUUGAGAAACCGAGUGGUAUUCGCGCAGCUCGCAAUGGAACAUCCUCAUAUCCUACUCCUUGAUGAGCCUACGAACCAUUUGGAUAUGGAUUCCAUCGAUGCGCUCGCGCGUGCAAUCAAGGACUUUGAAGGUGGCGUGGUGAUCGUGUCACACGACUUCCGUUUGAUUAGUCAAGUCGCUGAGGAGCUUUGGGAAGUCGCUGAUAAGACAAUUCGCAAUUUAACGAAGGAGGAUAUUACUAUCGUCGACUACAAGAAGAACCUUGUGAAGCACAGCGAGGCCCAAUUGGAAAAGGCCAAGCUCAUCAGCAAGACCACCACUAAAGGGAAGACGUAGCGACCCAGUCAUGUUUCAUGUGUACAUCUAAGUAUAUGUAUACACCGUACACUGCGCCCCUUACAUGGGCCACACACAUAUCUCGCCAUUGUAGACACGCCUUUUUUCAUUCGAUUGUUGCACAACUAGCUGGAUCUUGCAUCUAUGUGUUUGUCAUGUCCAAGACCACGUUUUCGCUUUUAGAUGUCUUAUUGAUGAUCAUCCCUGUCAGGCCUUAGGCUUACGAAGAGAACUCACGUUUAAUGUAGUAGUCAAUGUUUAAACGUUUAGCAACGACUAGAUUGUUUGAUGUCUGCAGUCGAAUGGUAUGAA